AUGGCGGUUAUUAGCGUUUGGAAGCCAUUCUGUGGCAAUGAUCAUCAAAUCGAAUCAAAAUCGUUACACGGAAAAAAGUUUAAAGACCCGUCGGCAGGGCGACGAAUUUUUUGCAGCUGUUUUGCCGUUUUGUCGGAUAGUUUCGCUGGCAUUAUAAUAGCAAUCAGAUCGCGACAGGCUGUUGCCUCCCGCUUAAGAGCAGCCAUACAUUUCAAUUCGUUUGGAUUCACUCUGUGUGGAGGUGGACUGGUGCUGACUGGCUUUGACAUCGUGACGUUUGUAGCGACAAUUUCCGGCCCGGACGAUUUUUGUGGAGAAUGCGUUUCGUUUGAGUUUCCGGUAAAGUUACCCAGGUAUCGGGAAAAGGUUAAAUUGAGAUUGAUUACAUCUGGAAACGGAAUAACUACCACGGCGCACCGAAGUCAAAUUAAGAUCAUCGACGAUGCAGGCAGUCGUACACGGAGACGGAUGGUGGUUUAUGUCGAUCCUAUUGUCGAUACCGAUCCAUUACCACCACCACCUAGCACGUAUCACGAGGAACCAUGUAAGGAGCCCUUCCGGGGAUUCUCGGAGAGCGACUUGCGAGGACGACAAGACGAUAUACCAACGGUUAAGCCGAAUCGAAAACGAAAGAUGGAUGAACAUUUGGCGCUCGAUGGCCUGCCGAGGUGUUCGAAGAGAACGCUGAAGAAUAACCAUAAAAGUGAAUUUCAAUAUUUUUGAAUCGAAAUGAAUUUUGUUCUUAUUGUUAAUAUUUGUUAACUAUAUUUAAAAAAAAUUGAAAUGUUAUCGAAUAACUCCCGAAGAGGGAAGGACUGAUGUAUAUCCUAAAAUUGAUUAUUCCUAUCUAAGCUUGUAUGUGCUAUAAAUAACUUUAUAGCAUUCGAUAUGUCAAAAGAUUAUAAAAUAAACAGACCGAUCUCUGUCGGUCUCUUUCGUAUUCCAUCAUCCAAA